UUAUUUAGUGGCGGAAACGGGCUUCCAUAGAUUACAGAGCUUGAGUCAUAUGCACCACUGUAAUGAUACUUAUUUGUUUUUGACAAUCCUCGUUCACUUUCAUUACAACAAAAAGUGUGUUCUGCAAAAGAAAGUUAUAUGGGUUUGGGACAUUAGGAUGAGUAAAUAAAGACAGAAUAUAAUACAUAUUAUAUAUUUUUGAGGUUAACCAUUCCUUAAAGGGAACUUGCAAAGGUUUGGCUCCUGAAAUGGACAGUCCCACAGACACAUAAUAAUGAAAGUGUCUAUUUAUACUAUAACUCAACCUCCUGUAUUUGGUUUCCCUUCUCAGUCACUAACAGUAAGAACUGGAUUGCUGAAAGACAGGAAUGAGGAAAAUCCGGCCUGUGAAUCUAUAAGAGCUGUGAAACUGAACAUGCUGGUCCGAUCUCACCAUGCACCUUAAUUUCCAUUACAAAGCAUCAAAGAUGGAGCUUUCAAAUACAGCUGACGCCAGGCUGGGCUAAUGACCAUGUUGGCUACCAGGAUGAAUAUACACCUUCAACAACAGUCUUGCCUCACGUCUACACUGUAUAUUUACGAAUACAAACCUCAGCAAAAUUAUGAAUCCUACUAUGAUGUUUCCCUGGUCAGUUGUGUUUUCUCUGGAGCCGAAGGUUCCUGGACAGCGCACUUCUGAAGAGCUGGUGACCAACACUUUGAUGCUGGAGCUGGGGGCCAUGGUGAAACGGACCGAGCGGAUCCGGCUGGAGAAGGCAGCAGAGACCCGCAGACGCCGCAACUCUUCCUCGGCAGACUACAGCUGGCUGGCCGGCCCUCAGCCUCACGCCCCCUACGAGCUCACGCCAGGAGAUGUUCUGGACCUGCAGGAGCUUUGUGCUCAGAUCCCACCGCAACAGUGUGGGCCAGUCAUUGUCAGGUUCCGGAAACUAGUGUCAGAGUUUGAGCCGGAGGUGCACGAGGUCCCCAAGCUGUUUCGGGGUGUCCUACAAAACUGCCUGGAUGAGCUUCAGGGAGAUGCAGAGGUCCAGAAUCGGAUGAACCGUUGGGAAAAACAGCGCAGCAAGAGCCUUUCCUUCGUCACUUUCCGAUCCAAGUUCCGCACCCUCAACCGCGGCAAGGGAAGUUUCGGUGGUUCCCGCAACAACCUGCAAGAGGAAAACACAUGGUCUGAUGAAGAGGAGGAAGCAGCCGAACAGGUGACGACCGCCCUGCGCGCCAGGAAGGGACGGAGUCACAGCAUGCCAGAGAUCACCCCUCUUGAGCAAGCGGCCCAUAGCUGAACAAGAGGAAGAUGGGAUGAACAGAAAGACAGAGGAAAGAAGGGUUCGAGAUUUGAAAAGAAAUGCAGCCUGCAAGCUAAAUUGGCAAUGAAGGCAGAAGAAAAGAGAAGGCAACAGAGAACAAGAGAAGGGAAGAGAGGAAAAUCUGAUUCUUGAAAGACUAAAGUUUGUGCUUUCAGAUUGUAAGACAAACAGUUAAUUUGUACACAAAACACCAAAGAACACAAGUAUAGGCAUAUAUAAGAAGCCUAUAGCCUAGUCCCUUUUUUUUAACUUUCUAAUGUGUGCUUAAAUAUUUUUAAUAUUUGGAUGUGAAUAUAAAUGUGAAUAUUUGGCAUAAAUGUAUAUAUUUUCAGAAUUAAAUUUUUUUUGUGAGGAUGAAGUUUACAAAACCUGUCAAGAGCAUGUUCAAGACAUAUUAUAUAUGUAACAUUGCACAUUACUAUAAUAUUAAAGUUACAAUUAACAAAAGAGCCCAAACUAUUAAAUUCAGUUGCUGUUUAUUUUUAGAUAUAAUAAUCAAAACAUGUACAUUGUACAAUCUAAUUAUUUAUAAAAUUGUUUUUCAAUUAUUUUUCUACUGCAAUUCAUUUUUUGAACUAUGAUAAUUUACAGUUACUGUCAUAACUGGUUUUCAUGACAAAUUUAUUAAAACAUAUUAAAUAAUUAAGACAUUACUAACAGAUAAAGUAAAUGUAAUGCAUAUAUAAGCUAAUAUAGUGCAUAUUUAUAGUGAAAUGCUCCCCUCUAGAGUUCAUUUCUCUCUAGUGAACUAUCAUGCUGUGGACACUAAAUGACUUGCCUGAGGUAAAUAUAAUGCUAUGUGAGAUAUUAUUCUCAAUCUGUUUUAUUGAUGUCUUUCCACGGUUGAGAGAUUACACGUAAACAUAUCUAUGCAUAGUCUGUUCUUCUUCUGUUACAUAUACAAGAUGUAACUAUACAUUUUUUGAGUGUUGCACGCCCCCUUCUGGAUUGGUUCGAGAUGAAAACAUGUACCGUUACACCCCUUUAGCUCACAAAUGGAGAUAUGGUAAAAAAAUAUUAAAAUUUGAUACCAUAUCCAUCUUAACAGGGUUAAUUGUACUGCACAUUUAAGUAAAAAAUUACUGCAUUCAAUAUUUUAGUUUAAAUUUCACCAUAAGAAAUUAAAUUAUAAGAAUUAUUAAAUAAUAUCAUCUUAAUUUCUGGUAUGCAAUAUUUCAUUUAUCUUUUGAUUUUGGUGUGACCCAGACAGGUUUUUGGCAGGUUUUGUGAGACUCACUCCAUAAAAUCAGUCACAGCGACAAAAGCAACAUUAACCAGAAUCAGCUUCUCAGAUGUGUUUUAAUAUGUACUGUUUGCUCUUACAUUACAACAGUGUUCAGUUCAUACAAGAGAUGCAGAACAUUCAGCUAAAAAAAGCCUGGAAACAGGAGUCGUCAUAAAAAGUGCUUAUUAAAUUAUACACUGUACAUCGUUCAUGAGUUUGAUUUGAGAGUGUGUGGCGUGUGUGGGAGAGAGAAAGUCUGUGAUUUAGCAAAUGAGAGAGUUUGACCUUGAAAACGCUACUUCUAAGUGAAGACACCAUCUUCUCCUGUUUCAUUAUUCACAGCAUCACAGCAUGAAGGAGCUGAUCUUCAGUUCUUUGUUCAUCAGGCCAAAGUUGCUCCUCAAAAAUUAAAGGAAACGCACCCACUGCUCAUUUAUCAGAGUACCGAUCGUUUCAUUACCAGAUGUUCAGCUCCAGAACAACCAACACAUGCAACUUUCUAUGCACUGACCUGGAACAAAACACAUCCUAAUGUGAUGAAUGAGCAGUUUAUAGCUUUAGAACCAUCCGGAGUCUCUUUGGGCCCUUUAAAGUAUGAUCUUAGUAAGUCUAUAGUACUAUACAAAAACACUGGUCUUCAUUUGCACCUUGUUUUUUCCUGCAUGGAGCAAAAUCAUAAGACCAGGCAACCUCCUCUAACCCCUCCUCGUGUAUUUGGCAGAAUCAAACUCAAUUUAAAAAAAAAAAGAAACUGAAAGUCUCUAAACAGUAUAUCAUAUUACAGACCCCAUAUUUACAGGGCCAGCAAUCAGAAGGCCUUAACACUAGAAAGGAAAAUCUCAUGAAAACUGUCAGGAAAUGCCAGAAUCAUAUUUCUCCACCCAAAUAAGAAAAUUAAGUAUAUUUUUAGGACCAUUAAGUUUUUGGGGUUUUUUUUGCAUCGUGGUACUAUUUUUAUGACAUCUAAGCAACUAAUUUCUCCAAAUUCCUAUGGCUGAAAAAAUAUAUAUACAUGAUUUAUAAAUGUACACGUGUGUAUUUGCAUAUUUAUAAAGUACGUUUAUAGUAUAUAUCAUGGUAGCAUUUGUUGUAUUUAAUUUAUGCUGUAAUUAAUAAUAAAUAAAUCAUGCCAUAUACAAUCAUUUUAAUUAUACUAUAUUGAAUACUGAAUUUGGAGGGAAUCUUUACUUAGAUUUCAUUUAAAAAGUGCCAUAAUGGUCCUAAAAUAGACAUCACUUUCUGUAUUAAAAAUAAAAUGAUGAAUAAUACAAUUAAUUAUAAAUUAAUUAUAUUAAUUAAAAACAAUUUUUCCUUUCAAUUUUUGGGGUAAAAUACGACCCUGAUAUUUCUUUGUGAGACAGACCCAUAAUUUGCAAAUAAUUGCUUGACUUUGAUAAAAACAGAUUAAUAGAGAUUAAUGGGGGCAUUAUUAUUAUUAUGAGAAAUAUUUUAUAAAGAGAAUCAGGUCACAUUUAAUUUACCGUCAAAAUGUUAUCACCGAUUACGGAUAACACUGCCUGAGAAAAACAAACUAAACCAGUUUGAAGAAUCAAACCACUUGGGAAAAAGCCUUCUCUUUUAAUAUAUGAUUAUUAAUAAGAAACGAAGGCUCAAAUAUUAAUGCAGAUGUAGAUGAAGCUUAAAGAGAACAGAGUGAAUCAGAACACCCUCCUCUCUGUCUAAAUAAACGGUUAAUCUCAGUUCCACCUUCAUCAGCAUCACCGUCAUCUUCCUCCUCCCUCUAGAGUGAGGGAGUCGAACACAGACAGUGACAGAAUUUACAACUGACUCAACGAGCAUCAGAACCCCCCCAAAAGCCAGAGUCCCCUGCGGCCCAGUCCAUUUGUGUUUGUGUUUUUGCACAUUCGCCCAUAAGUCCAUCGUCUGUUCCUCCCUCCUUCAAACCCUUUGGCUCCGUUUCCACC